UUUGAGUACUACUGUUGCCUUUAUACAAUGACUAAUGUAGAGCUUGAUGGCUUGGCGUAUUUAUGUUUCUUUGACGACGGAUCUUGGUUUCAGGGUACACUGCUAACCAGGGAUAAAAAACAGUAUGGAGUUAUGGGUGAAGCUUGUGGCCCACCAGAGGAAGGGUUUGCUGAAUGCUGUUUUGAAGAAGAACCAUUAUUUUACAUGAUUACCAUUAUUGACCAGCAAGGUGAUGAAGAAAUGGUGUUUAAACAUGUUAUGAAGACUGGUGGUGACAACUGUACAUUAACAUCAAAUGAAAUUGACUUUGAAACUGAAGAACUUCUAGUUGGAAGCAAGGCAAGUAAUCACGUCAACAAAUACUGCCGGUCAGAGCUGAAAGGAAAGGAGAGCAUUGUUUGUUCUGGUCACAUGACAAUACAUCGUAAUGUUGAGCAAGACUAAAGGACAAUUGUGAGAUGAAAAGUUUUAAUUAACAGUUCAUAGUAACGGCUUAAAUUUUUCUUACCUUCUUUCCAAUGUGACAUUUUGUCCUAAGGUAAAGCAAGCACUGUCUCGCGCACUCAGAUCUGACGUAGUGAGGGUAUUUUGGAAGUUGUUUUGUAAAGCUUUUGUCAUGGCUGGAGAUCCAUAACAGAGAAAUAUGGUUACUAGUCAGAAUACCGCUGCACUUGUUACAUUGGUUUAUUGUGAAUUCUCCCCAUUGCAAGUUC